AUGGCGUCUUUGCCGCCUCCCCCUCCUCCUCCAGGAUGGGGCGCAGCGCCUCCUUCGAUGCCCAUGGCACCGCCGCCGCCAGGGUACCAACCGCCGGCCGAUCCCACCGUCGCAAAAUUUGCACAGAAGAAGAACGAGUGGCUGCGCACGCAACGCAAUCGCUUCGGCGAGAAGAGAAAGGGAGGUUUCGUCGAGACGCAAAAGGCGGACAUGCCGCCAGAGCAUCUGCGCAAAAUCGUGAGGGAUAUCGGUGAUGUUUCGCAGAAGAAAUUCGCCAACGAGAAGCGCAGCUAUCUCGGCGCGCUUAAGUUCAUGCCCCACGCGGUGCUCAAGCUUCUGGAGAACAUGCCCAUGCCCUGGGAGUCUGCAAGGGAAGUCAAGGUGUUGUAUCACGUCAACGGGUGCCUCACCUUGGUGAACGAGACCCCACGCGUCAUCGAACCCGUCUUCCACGCGCAGUGGGCGACGAUGUGGAUGUGCAUGCGUCGAGAGAAGAGCGAUCGCCGACACUUUAAACGCAUGCGCUUCCCCCCUUCGACGAUGAAGAACCGCCGCUCUCCUGGUCAGAGAAUAUCGAGGAUGUUGAGCCCCUCGAACCCAUCCAGAUGGAGCUCGAUGAAUCUGAAGAUGCCCCCGUGUACGAAUGGUUCUACGACCACCGUCCGCUCCUUGAUACCCCCCACGUCGGUGGCCCAAGCUACAAGAAGUGGAAUUUGUCUCUUCCUCAGAUGGCAACCCUGUACCGACUGA